UGGGAGAGAGAUGUUCCACAGAAUUCCAUUCUCUUCUAUCUUCCAUUAACAAGGUGUUGAUCUUGUAUCAACACAAACUGUUCUUCUGAUCUGCUUUCAUCUCUGGAAUCCUUUCAGCAUCAGCAAGAGAUUCUUGAAGGUUUUAUUGAUUAGUGAUGGAGAAAAGCAAAGAGAUUCAUUCAGAAAACAACUCUCCUGUGGAACUUCCAGUGCUCAUCAAUUAUAUAAGUACAAAUGGAUUGGAUGGUUUUGAUAGUGUAAAGGAAGAUGGUCAGCACUCUUUAAACCAUUUAACACAUGUUGCUGGAAAAGCUGUUUCUGAAAGUCCAAAAACUGUGCACUUCAAUGCAGAGAGCAAACACAUAACUGAGAAUCAGCUUCCUGGUUGUGCUGCAAUACCAGAAAGUGCAGAGAAACAGCAGGCUGGACAUGGUAGAUUUUACUCUCAGCCAAUUCCAAAAGGCUCCUCUGCAUUUUCUGUAGCCGCCUCGAAUGCCAAUUCGGCUUCGGGCACUCCCAAGAGUGGUAAACUAAAGGAUAAAAGGUUUGAUACUUUCAAAACAUGGUCUGGGAAACUGGAGAGACAAUUGACAAACUUAGGCGGGAGGCAACGCGAACCAAUUCAAGACUCGGAUGCUCAAACUAGUCCUGAAAUUGGAACUAUAACAGUGGACAGAUACUUUGAUGCAUUGGAGGACCCGGAAUUGAACACCUUAAGGGCUUCUGAGAUAAGUGCUCUUCCAGAGGAUCAGAAGUGGCCGUUUCUUCUUCGUUUCCCAAUCUCCUCCUUUGGUAUCUGCCUUGGAGUUAGCAGCCAAGCAAUUAUGUGGAAAGCCCUUGCCACUGAUACAUCCACUCGAUUUCUUCACAUAAGCCCGGAUGUAAACCUCGUGUUAUGGUGCAUAUCUGUUGCUCUUGUGGCCAUUGUUGCCUUGAUAUAUGGUCUGAAAAUUGUUUUCUACUUUGAAGCUGUUCGUCGUGAGUACUACCAUCCGGUGAGGGUAAACUUCUUCUUUGCACCAUGGAUAGCCUUGCUAUUCUUAGCUAUGGGAGUUCCACCAUCAAUCACUGAAAACCUGCAUAAGUCUCUAUGGUACAUCCUUAUGACUCCAAUUUUGUGCUUGGAGCUUAAGAUCUAUGGGCAGUGGAUGUCUGGAGGACAGCGACGACUGUCAAAGGUUGCGAAUCCCUCGAACCAUCUCUCGGUUGUUGGGAACUUUGUGGGGGCAUUGCUUGGUGCAACAAUGGGGCUAAAAGAAGGUCCUAUUUUCUUCUUUGCUGUUGGAUUGGCUCAUUAUUCUGUCCUGUUUGUGACUCUCUAUCAGAGGCUUCCAACGAACGAGACGCUCCCUAAGGAACUUCACCCGGUUUUCUUCCUGUUUGUUGCUGCUCCUAGUGUGGCUUCCAUGGCUUGGGCUAAGAUUCAAGGGAGCUUUGAUUUUGGAUCAAAGAUUGCUUACUUCAUUGCCUUGUUCCUUUAUGUCUCACUGGCUGUUCGUAUAAACUUCUUUCGCGGCUUCAAUUUCUCGUUGGCGUGGUGGGCUUACACUUUCCCCAUGACGGGAGCUGCCAUAGCCACCAUUAGAUACUCAUCUGCAAUAUCAACCACAGUAUCAAAGAUUCUUGCUGUCAUAUUCUGUGCCAUAUCGACACUCGCAGUGACAGCGCUGCUCGUGACAACCAUCAUUCAUGCCUUUGUGCUCCGAGACCUCUUCCCGAAUGACAGUGCCAUUGCAGUGAGUGAGAGGAGGCCUAAAACCCAGCCAAGAUGGUAUCACAGAAGGGGUGGCAGCUCAGAUCACAAAGACAUCAUUGAUCAGUACCUUAAAGUUGUCGAUUCGGCUGUUGUCAAAGAUAUUGAGGCUGCUCUUUCCCCUCCAAAUGUUGUCCCUCAAUGAAUUUUAGUUGAGGUUUUUUGCCUUUAGUCCUUUAGUGUUGUUGUAUAUAACCAAGUGAGGAACUUUAUGCGUUCCGGUGAUCUUGAUGCGAAAUAGAAAUCGAGGGUUCUUGUUGUUUGCAGCUAUAAAGAAUGUAAUAGAUGAGCAUCAGAAAUAAAAGUGGAGAGUUUCCAUUUUACCUUGUUGGAGAAA